AUGUCUUGUUUCAAUCCUGAAAAAAAGCGUUCAGUCCCUAAAAAAGUAUGGAAAGGAUUCAUUUUCACCCUACAAAAGAAACUGAAAAGCCUUGAAACGUCAAAAUUCCGGUUCGAUAAAACCAGUCAAUAUCGCCUCCAACACCACCACCUCUACCAUUGCCAUUUUAAACAUUUCUACCAGGAGGCUAACUACGGUAUUCACGCCAGAAACACGGUGGAGCCUCCUUUGAUAGAGCCCGACCAUGCCGAAUACUUCGAUAUGGAGAGAAAAAUCAAGAAAGCAGUGUUUGCAACAAAUGAUCUUAAAAGUGAUCAUGAAGGCUGCAACAAAGUGGAGGAGAAUGCUGCCAAGAUGGAGAAUGAGGAUAAUGAACAUGAAGACGACGAUGACGAUGAUGAUACCUCUUUUGCAUCGAGUGGGGCUACACAACAGCAUAGAGUGGAUGCGAUUGCGGAGGAGUUCAUAAAUAAAAUGAAAGGACUCUGGAAACAUGAAAAUCAGAAAUCAGAUGAUCAGGAUCGUACUCAGAACUGGAAGGAGCAUAGAGUGGAUGCAAUUGCAGAGGAGUUUAUAAAUAAAAUGAGAGGGAGAUGGAAGCUUGAAAAGCAGAAAUCAGUGGAGGAUUAUAUUCAGAGAUGGGCUUGUCUCCAGGAGUAUUAA